AUGACUCUCCUUUGUCUUGGAUACAAAUCACGGUUCUGUUUUCCUCUGGAAUGGAUACAUCUUGUCAUGAGUAGAGACCAUAUGACAUGCGAUACAAAUUUCGAAAGAUUAACCACCUAUGCUAAACCUACAUUUUUCAUGACUUUCCCUGAAGGGGAUACAAACUGGUUCCGCCACACAUGCUCUAAUGCUCCAUUUAUUUCUAUAGAGUUGAUAAAUAAGAACCCUAUAGAAGGAAAAGGAUCUAAAGAGCAAAUAAUCGAAGAAAGAAAUGGAUCACUAGAACAUUGUUUGCAGUGCUUUAUGGAAAGAAAUGGAAUAUUAGAAGUUAGACAGUUAGAGAAGCAUUAG